CCGCAAACCGCGGUCUGGCGUGAUGUGGCGUGAUGUCAGUGGCAGUGCUGUAGCAUUUAACUGUUUUCCGUUAAUCAAAAGCCCAGUAGUUGCAACAUAACGGCAGUGCCUGCUAACAAUGCAGCCUAAGCAGCUCGUCUUAAUAAAUAGGCCUACAGUGUGAACAAAACCCAUAUUCCUCUGAAAUUAAAAUGAAUCUCUUGACGUGUUUCGUGUUUUGCUCGGCCGGGUCGUACGCCCUGUGCAGACUGAGUCCGGUGGCUCAGUUCUACAUCAAGUACACCAUGUUCAUGAUAUGGCACCUCGUUCUUGGAUUACUGGUCACCAUUGCCAGCUUGAUGACUUUCAGCUUUGGCGAUACAGCCAACAUGUGGUGGUGGAACUUCUUUGCCUAUUACCUCAGCACCGAACUCUUAUUCGGUGUUAAAAUCCAGAUGUUGAAUACACUGGACCGACUUGGAGUGAACGAACCCUGUGUUUUUGUCAUCAAUCACCAAACAUCGCUGGAUCAGCUGCCCUUUCUGAAGUGUUGGGCACCCGGUCGCGUUUCUAUCCUUGCCAAGAAAUCCCUCAAGUACACCCUGACAUACGGGCUGGGUUGCCUGGCCACCGGCGUCAUCUUUGUGGACCGGAAAAAUACAUCUCAGGCCAGGGAAACGAGCGAGCGCUGUGUCAAAUUUCUCAAGGAUGAGAGGGGUAAAUUAUGGAUCUAUCCGGAGGGCACGCGGUCCAAGGAAGCCGAUACAGACAUGCUUCCUUUCAAGAAAGGGGCUUUCCAUAUCGCUGUUCAGGCCCAGGUUCCCAUCGUACCCAUUGUGGUUUCCAGAUAUAAAAGCAUGUACAGCUCCAAAGACAAGAAGUUUGACCGAGUGGAUAUGAAAGUGGAUGUACUGCCAAGUGUUCCCACCAAAGGCCUGACCGCGGACGAUGUACCAGACCUGACCGAGAACGUGAGGGACUCGAUGCUGAAAAGAUUCUAUGAAAUAUCACCGCCCGCAAUCAGGCAACGCUAAAAAUAACUUUCGCUUAUUUUUUUUUACGAUGGUGCACAAUGCAGAAUAACUCUUGCUUUAGUGACAUCAGGUAACCAGCUAAAUGUUCAUGUAUUUGUAUGCUGCUCACAGCUGGUGAUCAGCUGAUUUUUAGUUUAG